GCCAUGGAGGAGCUGAGCAGCGUGGGAGAGCAGGUCUUCGCCGCCGAGUGCAUCCUCAGCAAGCGGCUCCGCAAGGGCAAGCUGGAGUAUCUGGUGAAGUGGCGCGGCUGGUCCUCCAAGCAUAACAGCUGGGAACCCGAAGAGAAUAUUCUCGAUCCCAGACUUCUGCUUGCCUUUCAGAAGAAAGAACAUGAGAAAGAGGUCCAAAAUCGGAAGAAGGGAAAGAGACCGAGAGGCAGGCCCAGGAAAAAUGUUGAACCUGAGGCACCACCAAAGAGCAAAUCCAGCAGUUCUUCUUCAUCAACUUCCUCUUCAUCUUCCUCUUCUGAUGAAGAGGAUGAAAGUGACAUCGAUACAAAGAGAGGUCAGCGUAGCCGAGAGAGUCACCCUGUGCCACAAAAGAAAGCUCAGAUUCUGGUUGCCAAACCUGACAACAAGGACUCUGUUAGGAAGAAGCGAGGGCGGAAGCCGUUGCCUCCAGAGCAGAAGGUAGCCAAGAGGACCGUCAACCUAACAAAGGUGCUGAAAACUAACCGGAAAGAAAUAGGGGGUGGAGGAGGUGGAGCCAAGCUGGUGGGCAAGAUGCAACCCCAACACAGUGCCCAGAGCUCGGGCAUCGCCAUGCUGAAGUCCCACAUGAAAGAAGCCCAAGGUGCGUUCGGUGGGUUUUGUUCUGGAGCAUCUUCUACCGACAACCUCGCCAGUAUUAUGAAAGGGAACUCGCCUGGAAGCCCGAACUGUGGCAUCAGUUGGCAGAGCUCCAUUGUCCAUUAUAUGAGCAGGAUGUCACAGAACCAGAGUUCGCCGGAUCCUUCAGCGGUGGGGCGGCUGACCCUCAAGUCAGCCACGUCCUGCAAGAGUAGCUUAGGACUGGAUUUAAAACUGAAGAACCAGAAAAGUGCCGGAGAUCUGGAGUUGACUGUACAAGGGUCCAAAGUGACCAAGAGGCUUAGUGGCGGUGUUCUAGGGGAACAAAAAACAGGGUUUGGCGCUGGUGCUCAGAAUUUGCACAAUGGCAACAAGGUUUCUGCCAGCUCUCCCAGCAGCCAGCUAGUUUCCAAUCAGGAACUCAAUCUCCAAGCUUUAAAUCUACAGAGUGUGAAAAAUGGACCAAAUUCCACUGGUGGGAGCAUCCUUCCUCGGCAUGCUUGUGGAACUGUGGCCAAAAGUGCUGGUGGCACUGUAGCUAUGAGCACAGGUGUGGCCAAGGGCAGUGGGCCAGCCAUCGGACCUAACGCUGCAAAUUCAGAUACAGAUGCUCACAAAAACGAGAAGCCGGCACAAAGAACAGCUACGAGUGAGAAAGAUGCGACAACGAAAAGCACUGCCCCAAGUGCCCAGGAGGGAUGCGCCACAGCAGAAAAUCACAAAACGGCAGCUCUGUCAGAAAUGAGCACAGGAGAAGAGGAAACUAGUUCUGAUUCUGAGAGAGAUUCUGCUUCUUUCCCCGGAGCAGGCCAGAAUUUGUCUGUCUCCAUCCAGACUAGCCAGGAUUGGAAGCCCACUCGUAGUCUUAUCGAACAUGUCUUUGUCACAGACGUGACAGCUAACCUGAUCACAGUGACAGUCAAGGAAUCCCCCACCAGUGUUGGCUUUUUUAAUCUUAGACAUUAUUGAAACGAGGGUGGGUCAUAUUGUUCCCCUUCCACUUUUCUCACUGACUCUGUCUGACUGUGGCUUUGGAUGCCAGAAGUGGGGGGACCUAACCUGGCUGCUCUCAUCCUUAAUAAGCUCUGUCCUAGUAUUCAGUGAACCUACAAUGAGAGAGUGUGUAGUGGUUGGCUGCGAGAGCUUUUGGCUUCGGCCAGUCUAACUGUCGAAGCUCUGUAGAGAGUUCUUGGGAGCCAGCUUGUUACGCAGCUGCCGCAAAAGGGGGGCAAGGUUGAGGAUUCUUUCUCACAAGGAUUGGCAUUAGUUGAAAUUAACUAAUAUCGAGGAGGCUGGGAGGAGGCUCAUAGCCAAGAUGCUUGGAUUUCUUAGCUUUAUGGGUUGAAUUGGCAGAAAACUCAAUAUCCAGCUAUCUGCUAAGUUGGAAAGGGAUUCUGAGGACAAACGUCUAUUACAUUGUGCUGUCCAGGAAAAAUUACUCCUCCACCAGCUAUCACUAUCUGAAUUUUUUUUUUAACUUGGGACGGUGACAACCAGUCUAAACGUGAAUAAUAAUCUUAACAUCUAGGUGACAAAAGGACCCUGUGAAAUGAGAACAUUGUUUAUAUUUCCUUGAGUCUGCCUUGCUUUGGAAGCUAUAGGGGAUAGUACAGAAAAAGCCGCUGCCAGCUUUGGUUGGCUGGGCCUAAAAACUGUAGGUGUUUUUAGGCCCCCCCCCCCCACAUACACACACAAAACCUUUGCAUGCAUGCUCCCUGAUCCUUAAUAUAAUAACUGAAUCUUGGAGAAAAGAGGGGCUGGUGAGAAUCUGAAGAGAAGAGGAUAAGAGAAUACCACUGCUGUAUGCUGACCAAACUUAAAUUGAGGACUUUCAGUAUUUCGAGAACAGAGCCUCCCUCAUACUAACUCUUUGCCACACACUCUUGCUUGCGAGUUAAUCACAAAAAUCCUGCACUGAUACUCUGAUAAAAGAUUCUGUUUUUCUUCCUUGAAGUGUGCAACCGUAUCUGGGUACUGUAUGCCUCGGUCUUGUAUUGUGAGUUCAGUGUGACAUCAGGUUCACCUUGGUGGCAUUACAUACUUAUUUUUCAUUUCAUUUCAAAUGUUUCAUUUGGGUCAGCCAACAUAUUCCAGGUCUCGACUAGCACUAAGCAGCAAAGCUAGCUGUGUCAGGUUCUUUUACUAUAUUUUGGAGGACCCCAGAACGUUCUUUUCUUGCUAACUUACCAUGGCUUUGGUAUGCUCCUUGCGUGGGUCCCCAACCCACAAUAUACCCACAAGACAACUCUGUGCUACCUCAUAGGUACCUAGAGCCUAGAAACAUCCGCUGGUGGGCUCUGAAGGUAGUACCUCUGUUACACCCGCAUCUUCUUUGGAGGUGGAUUAUUGGAGAAAGGAAUAGUACAGGACUGGGAGGGGUGCAUUGGAAGUGACUAUGUUUCCCUGAGCUCUGUUUUAUCAUUCCCUCUAGCAGAUGCCUUGUUCAUUUACAUUGGUGCUCUAUUAGAAGCUGCAGCAUAGUUUAAGAACAGGGAGUGUCCAGAUUAUUCAUAGGGAAAAGCCUUCAAACCUGAAUAAUCAAGGGACACGUGACCAAGUUUCAGUAUAGUAGUGUAACUUUUGCAGUCUAGGGCAUAUUGUCCUGGAAUUACUUCUAUAAACAAAUAUUUCAGUGCCAAGAGGUGUUGUGUGCUGGGUCAGUUUAUCUGUCCUGAACAGUUUGGUUGUGCUUACUGGUUAACGCAUAUCAUUCUACCCAAAGACUGUGGCUUGCUAACUUUCGAACUAUUCUCAUUGGAUCCUGUUUGAAAUCAGCAGUUGGAUCUAUUGGUAUGUCCUAUACUCUUUGGAAUUAAUGUGAUAGUAGCACCAACAAAGAGGAGAGGAGAGGCUGCGAACCAUGGAUAAGAUGUUGCUUCCAUUUAUGUUAGUUGGAGUAACUACUACUUAAAUAGAUAUCCACCUCAGCCUGUGAUUUUGACUUGGCUUACUUAGAAGAAAAUUCCAUUGAAACUAAAUUGGAUUUGCGUCUAAGUGGUUGUGUUUACAAUUGGGGUGCUAGUUUUUAAUAACACACUGGGCAUUUAAGAAUAGUUUGGAUAAAAAUUCUGGCUGUGACUGUCCUGCGGGACUGUGGAAUUGGGUGGUGGAAGCAGAUUAUACUUUCGGUUCCCUAAAGUGUUGAUGCAUUGGCUCCUGUUUGCAGGAGCUGAAAAGACAGACUCGGCAUUUUUAAUGAGAACUUGCUGCAACUCCUCACACUGCUUAGCACACUGCUGAUGACAUGCCUCCUUUUUGGCAGCCUUAACAACAUGGUAACAUCAAGGAACCAUGGCCAGAUCUUGCUUAUAUGUAGACGCCCAUGCCAUUUGUGCUGACGCCUGUAAAUGUGACAGUCCGCUUCUUAAAGACAUCCUUGUAAAUUGACUCAAAUGUAGCAGAACAUUUAAUUCUGAAUGCAGGUACACUUUAGGAGGAUCUGUGUUCAUGUUCGUUGUUCUCCAGUUGUCCUUGUUCUCUGUGUACCCUCCCCUUUAGUUCUUGCUACUCCUAGGAGAAAGAAUAGCUGCUUCAGAGGACAUAAAUUCCUGUUACAAAGUUUACCUGGGAUAAAAGUCCUCCAGGGCCAUGCGGUCUAAGCAAAGGAUCAACCUUUCUCUGGGUGCCAAAAUAACAACAUUAUGUUGACGCUUCUAGCUUGUUUGUUUAAGCCAAGGCAGUUUUCUAUUUGGGAUACUAGGUAAUGGACAUCCUUCACUUCCUUCACUUCUAAGAUGAUCUUCUUAAGACUGCUCCAGUUCAUGCUUGGAGUUCAAGAUCCAGCAAAAACAUUUUUUUUUUAAAGUUUGGUAGAGUUGGCAAGUCCUACUUGUGUAGUAAAGUGUUUGGGGAACUUUGAUCACUGCUGUUUCCCUGCUUUGGCUGUGCAUUAGAUGUUUACCGUGUAUUUGGCCUUUAUGAAUCCAAACCUUUCUAACGUUUUCAGUGUGCCUUUUGGAACAGUGAGUUUGUUGUCAGCGGUUCCAUGUUUUUACCACAACGGAGUGAGUCUUGAAGUCCUUCUGAAGAGACAGGUUUCUGAAGUUGAGUAAGAGGAAAGACUUCAUAAUAUGCUGGUGCUUAUGCUAAAUUGGCUUGUUCGGCUAAUAGAGCUGACAGCUGUCUGUUAGAGACAUGCAACCCUUUCUGCUUUGUUGAGGCCAGCGUCUUUUCUCAAGGAAACAAGGCCUUGUGCUGCUGGACUGGUUUCUCAUGAAUUAAUGGGAUUUGUUGUUGGGUAGAGGUAAGAGAUCCAUUCAUAACAACUGAGAAUUCAAGAGUGGGUACUAGCUUUUCCUCUGCCAGAAACCCCACCAUCAUAAAUAAAAUCUCUUGGGCUCUUUUAUUUUGUGUGUGUUUGUGCGUAUCUUGUUAUGAUGAGCUUUGCAGUGUUUCAUUUAAUAUAUUUCACUUUUGUCCAGGUACAUUAUUUGUUUCUUACCUACCAGACCCCAUUGCAGCAAUUUCUAAAUAUAUUACUUUUCCACCUGUAAUUUUAUUGUACAGGACAUCGAUAUUAUUCAGGAGCUUUCCUGCCUUUUUCAAGUAUGCUUUUUAGUCAAUACCAUUAGAGACAAGCUUGAUAUUUUCCCUGCUCCCUUGGAAAACGGAAGAGUCUGUAGCUCUUUCCCCUAGACGUUCUAACGCUGUGCCUUUCUGUUUAACCAGCUAUUUCAAUUCCAAAGUCUAUAGGUCUUGAAAAUAUCUUACUAACUAGUAAGGUGAACCACUUUCUGACAACCGAGUUGACAUUGGUGCUUUAAUGCUUGAUGUAUAAAACUGAGUGGAAGAUUAAAGAGAAAAAAAUGAAGCUAGCAUCUCCUAGCCUAACUGUGCAUAUCAGUUCACAGCUGAAAUUUAAAAAUCUGUUCUGGGCAGAUGGUUUAAAUGGACGCUUAACCAUGCUUACUAAUUAAUAAAAUUAGUAUUCAAAGUCUACCUUUAUAUAUUUUUCUUAAGUUUGCUGCUAUGUGUUUUGAGUGUUUUAGUUGUGUGGCAAACAAUUGUCUAAAAUUCUGUUGCAACUCUGCUCAAUUUUUGAAGAGGUUUUUUGGGGGGGUUGUUUUGUAACUAAAUAGUGCAGCAGUAUUUGUAUAUCAAAUGGAUAUUUUUUUUGUCUUGGAAUAAUUUAGUGGCUCUUUUACAUUGAUGGGAAGAAAUACUAAAUUUAAUCCACAUCCACAGAAUUAAUAUGUACUGUAUCAAAAAAUACAAAGAAACCAGAUUUACUUUAUAUUGUGUUUUGUUCUGAUACUCUAAUAAUUUUCUGUGCAUUCAGUUUUGAGCAAGAAAAAUGGCUUUCACAAGAAGGGAAACUUGUGCAAAUUGGUUCAGUGCUUCUUGUAAUGUGUGUCAAUCACUGUGUGUUUAAUUUUUAAAAAGCCAAAUAGUUCCUGUAUGACAUUUUCUAAUUGCUUUAACUAGAGCUGUUUCUUUGCUUUUAUGCUAAGAGAACAAAAGUUGGAGAUGUUAUUACCCUGGGAAAGCUUAGGUUCUUUGUUAGAGUGGGACAGCCUUUCCAGCCAGAAUAUUAAAUAAGGCUGAAAGCAAUGUCUGCCUAUUGAUCUCCGCUGUGGGUUCACUGCUGCGUUUGGGGUUUGUUUGUUUGACCCUGGCUGGCUGGCUGGCUUGCUUCUCUUGUGUGAUGUCUAUCUUCUAGUGUUUCUUGGCUAUUAACACUAGUUUAAACUUCAGCUUUCUAGACUGUUUAAUUUAUUUUGCAGGUUUGGUAAAAAGAAAAAUCUCCUAGAAGAUGGUAUGCAGGACAAUUUUUGUAUAACUUUCAAUUCAUGGUUUUUAGUAUUCAAUAAAUAUUUUUUUAACUUUU